UUUUCCUCAAUCUUUUUUCUUCUCUCCCUUCCUUUUCCCUGGGUGUUGCCUGCUGGAAGUUUUCACCGGUUGUUGCCGAGAAAAAAAAGGACAGACGACAGACGAGCCGGAGAAGUUUCCGUAACGACGACAUUCCUCAACUUUUUCUGGACUGCCAGUCGAGGCCCUCAACACUUUGUUCACGUUGCACGUUUCCUUCGACGCCGAUAGCGAGCUGAGCCGACUGGGUUGAGAGAGAGAGAUAGAGAGAGAGCAAGAGAGAGAGAGAGAGAGGCUUCCGAUGCAGGCCAUUAAGUGUGUGGUGGUGGGCGACGGGGCUGUGGGUAAAACCUGCCUGCUCAUCAGCUACACCACCAAUGCCUUCCCUGGGGAGUACAUCCCCACCGUCUUUGACAACUACUCCGCCAAUGUGAUGGUUGAUGGGAAACCAGUAAACCUGGGCCUGUGGGAUACAGCGGGACAGGAGGACUACGACCGGCUCAGGCCUCUGUCUUACCCUCAGACGGAUGUGUUCCUGAUUUGCUUUUCACUCGUCAGUCCGGCUUCCUUUGAAAACGUCCGCGCCAAGUGGUUCCCUGAGGUGAGACACCACUGCCCCAACACGCCCAUCAUCCUGGUGGGCACCAAGCUGGACCUGAGAGACGACAAGGACACGAUCGAAAAACUGAAGGAGAAGAAGCUCUCCCCCAUCACCUACCCUCAGGGCUUGGCCAUGGCUAAAGAAAUAACUUCAGUGAAGUACCUGGAGUGCUCCGCUUUGACGCAGCGCGGCCUGAAGACGGUGUUUGACGAGGCCAUCAGAGCGGUCCUGUGCCCCCCACCCACCAAGGAGAGGAGGAGGAAGUGCAGAAUAUUCUAAGGGACCACAGGGGGAGAAAAGAGAAUACGGUUGCAGUAAGAACUCGCCGACUCGGAGGGAAGGAGACGAUGGCGGGGUUCCCCAAAUAUCUAUUCACCCCUUGUGUCCUUGCUUGCGUAGAAGCUCCGGUAGUCCACACUUCCAUCUGAAAACCCCGUCCCAGGCUGAAGCGGUGCCGAAGGUUUCUGUUUACUUGCAUCUGUUUAGUUCUUUCAGUUUGACGGGAAUGAGGUGACUUUGUUACGGCCUUAGGGAAUGGGAGGGUGGGGGCUAAUUUUAUGGGAUCUGGGGUUGAUUUUAAGGGAGGAUUUUACAAAACAAAAUCCAUUAUGUCAUUGUUCUAUGAAGAAACGCUACUCGUAUGGAAUAUUAUGAAGAUUAUUGCAGAUUUAGCUCCUGCGCUGCACUCUUUCCCCAUACACACGAAGAGAUUCCUGCUGCCUUGAUGACAUUUUACUUUGAGAAAAAAUGUGUUAUUCAGAAGUUUUGUCGUCGCCUUUUUUAGUUUUUGUGUUCAUCGUCAUGCCAGCUCUGGUUUAGAAACCAUUUUGUUUACAUGCGUCAUCCGACCAGACUGAGGUGUUUCCCAAAUUCAGUCGACGGUCAUCACCUUGUCGUCACUCCAUGAAUACUAAAAUGACUCUUUCUUUUUGUUUUAACGUGUACAAGUUGACAUGCACUCAAUGCAGAAAGUUUCCCCCUCAGGUUACUUAUUACAAUUGUUGUAGCCGCUGUAAUAAUUACUAUAAUCAACAAGCAUUUAAAACACAGUCUCUGCAAGAUAAUUAACAGUUAAUUAUCAUGUUUUGUUCCUAAAAGCCAUCGAGCUGAAUCCAUUGAUCUCCUCUUGCUCCGUCUCAAGUCAACACGCACAGUAUUUUACGGCUGACCGUCGGGCAUGUGAUGGUGCAGUGCAGCUAGUGUUGUUGUGGAGCCUCAUUCUCAAUCUAACCGUAAAGAUUGUGUCAUAAUUUCAAGUCCCCACUAAGUUCUCGUUGAUUUUGGCCAUCCCUAUUCGCGUGUUUUAUGAAGUCUAGGAGCAGAGUGUAUUCACGCUCGAAUGUUGCAACAGAAUUUUAUUGUUUUUGUUACAAGAUAUGAGCAUUAACUAUUCAGCAAAUACAUUUUUUAUUUUGUAAUGAGCAACGAUCAAAUUGCAUGGGUGCUCUGGGGAAUCGCUGUCGAAUCUGGACUCAUUUUUAUCAGUGUUUCAACGGAGCGGUGUAAGAUGUUGAUUUAUUUUCUCUUUUUUUAAAGCAAAUAAAUUCAUCGAAAAUG